AUGAACCAUAGAAUACCGCAUCAAAACGCUGUGCCUGCACCUGCCAUCCCCUUGGUGAUUUCAACCCCGUCCCCUCACCAUGGGGCGCAACGCAAGCGCGCAGCCCUCCCCCGCCUGCUCUCCCCCAGCACCUCCCCCUUGGGCUUUGGGGGCGGGGUGGAUGGGUCGGGCGCCACUUUCAAGAUGGCCCUGCUUGGCCUCACUGUUCCCCGUCACUGUUCCCCCUCAUUGUUCCCCCUCCCCUUCUCUGCUCUCCCCUUGGGCUUUGGGGGCGGAGGGGAUGGGACCAGCACCACUUUCAAGAUCGCCCUGCUUGGCCUCACUCCCCGUCCCCUCACCAUGGGGCGCAAGCGCGCAGCCCUGCCCCGCCUGCUCUCCCCCAGCACCUCCCCCUUGGGCUUUGGGGGCUUUGGGGGCUUUGGGGGCGGAGUGGAUGGCUCCAGCGCUACUUUCAAGAUCGCCCUGCUUGGCCUCGCAGCAUGCCUCUUCUGCCUGCUUAUCCUCGUUAUAGUCGUCCUCUUUGCCCUGCUCAUCAGCAUGAGGUGGUCGUCUGCUGACGUGGCCGCCAGCUUGGCAGCGCGAGAGUCACUCACUGCGGAGGCGCUGAGAGGGAGGAAGGCGCAUCCUGGCAUGGUGGUGGUGGAUCAACAAGGCAUGGUGCCCAAUACCACCGCUGCUGCAGGCAGUAGCAGCUCCCAAAAUCCAAACAAAAAGUCUAAUAACGAGGGCGGUGCAGCCAAUAACGAGGAUAAAGAUCCAGCUGGCAGUGCUGACGACGACGACGAUGACGAUGACGAGGCGGGCGGCGGGGGGCUGUCGAGCCGGAGGAAGGAAGGUGCGCGGAAGCUUCAGCAGUGGAGGGAGUUCUUCAGAGGAGUGGUCCUGGUGCUGCACUUUUCCAGGCCCAUACGCGCGUGGCAAACACUGGAGUUCUGGCGCCACGUGUACGGCCGAGUAUUCGACGAUCUGGUGGCGGUGUCAACAGAAGCCAUCCCCGAGCUGGGGGUUAUCGCGGCCACACCUGCUGCCAACGCUGACCCCUCUCUCUCCUACACCGCUCUCCCCACCAUCAUGGAGCAUCACGCAUCUGCCUCUGGCUUCCUCUGGCUGGAUGACGAUGCAGUAUUGAACUACUGGACGCUGGCUGAUACUCCCCUGGAUAAGAACAAAAUCUGGUACCUAAACUCUUCCAACCCGAACCAUCUCCUCACCCUCCCCCUCGACCAACCUCCCUCCGCACCCAUCCGCACCGCUCUGGACCCCUCGGAUCUCCCCACCCACAUCUCCACAUCGCUCUCGCACCUCUCAGAAUCCCUCCGAGCCCAGCUGGACCGCUCUCUGUGGCCCCGCCACCAAGCCUUCCCCCUCGCCGCCUGCCCCUCAUCGGCUUUCUUCAUCCCUCAGAGACUGGUCGACUCAGCUGCUCUGCACGUCAUCCCUGUCUUUGCUGCUGAGGCAAUACCCGCUCAGGUUGCCUGCCCCUCACCGGCCUUCUCCAUCCCGCAAAGACUGGUCGACUCGGCUGCUCUGCACGUCAUCCCCGUGUUUGCUGCCCAGGCCAUACCCGCACAGGCUGGUGGACUCGGCUGCUCUGCACGUCAUCCCUGUAUUCGCUGCCGAGGCCAUACCCGCACAGGUACGUGCCUGUGUGUGUGUGCGUUCCUUCUCAAGGUGCGUCUCUCCUUGGGUGGAGAGGAAGCAGAGGCUGGUCGACUCGGCAGCUCUGCACGUCAUCCCUGUGUUUGCCGCUGA